UGAACAUCUCAUGGCCAUGGAAGACAAUUUCGGAGAAGAAGACCUCGCCACCGUCGCUAUAGGAAGCCCUAUCCACCGAUUCAGUCAUCCCCUCGAAAUCGAACGAGCAAGUAAUUCAAUCGACGGUGUAGACUCAGUCAGCUCUUUGCCCGACCACAUCCUCCACAGUAUCCUCUCCUUUGUUCCCAGCAACAUCGCCAUCAGAACCUCUGCUUUGUCCAAACGAUGGAGGCAUGUUUGGUCCGAGUCACCUUAUCUCUCCUUUGAUCAGCUUGGACUCUCCCCUAAAUCGAUAAACGAGACCCUAAGCAACUACUCGGCCACCGAAAUCACAAGUUUCCAUCUUGUUACAAGUUUACUCAGCAGGAUUCACUUUGUUAACAAUUGGAUCGGAUUCGCCAUCUCCCACGGCGCGGCCAGUUUAUCUCUGGAUUUUCGUGAUUCUCUUGUUGAAGAUUACAAGCUUCCAGAUUUCUUCUACACCAAUUCCUCUGUUGAGCAACUCUUGAUCGUCAGCUCGGGACCUGUUGGUUUGAUUCCCAGUUGCAACGUGUCUUGGACAUCACUAAAGUACUUGUCUUUGACCUGCUGUAAACUCUCUGACGAAUCCUUUCCUAAGAUUCUGUCUGGUUGUCCAAUGCUCGAAAGCUUGAAACUGCAGAGUUAUGGUUCAGUUAAGUAUCUUGACCUGAGUAAAUCGCUGCACUUGACAAGAUUGGAUAUAGAUUGCUGCUCCUCUGUUCGAGAACCAACGGAGAUCGUGGCGCCGCAUAUCCAUUAUCUGAGAUUGAGAGCACAAUGCACGUUAAUUGAUGUCUCGUCUUUAAUUGAAGCUAACGUAGACUCUUCAGUUAACUAUCAUUUACCUAGUAAUAUCUCUUAUAAGGAAGCUGAGCCCUUGAAGCUAGCCAUAGUGCAAGCAAUGCUAGAGAAGUUGCAGAACGUAGAUAAGCUUACUCUUGGGGUUGAAUUUCUUCGGAUUUUAUCAAAAUCGGAGCUCCAUGGUGUUCUUUUAGCGACGCUCAAGGUCAAAACUCUGACUCUUGAAACCAUGAUUUUGCGACCUGUGGUUCCUGGUAUAGCAAGACUGAUACAAAACUCGCCUGAAGUAAAGAAGAUAACAAUUUACUCAAUGCAGUUCAGCACCGUACUGGACAAAUGUGACAACUUCGUGGACUUGCAGAAUUUGAAUCCGGAUCAAGGUUGGAGAUCAAUAAAAGAUCAUGUGGUCUUUCCAAACACGUGGGAUUCUAAAGUUCCUGAGCCGGAACUCAUGGUUUCCUUCAUUGAACUUUUGCUGGCAAACAUAAUUACAUUAGAGACGUUGGUUGUACGGCUGGGAAGUUACAGUACUGAUAGAUCAAGAUUUGAAGAGCAGUUUCAAAUCGCUCUAACGCUUUCUCACAACAACAAUGAGGUCUCAGUUGCGCUCAGGUGAAGCGGUGUUUGUUAAAUUAUAUUAUAUAUAUACGUGGGGAAGUUGCUUCAGCUUGUGUGCGAAGGAACCCUACUCGUAUUUGAUUAAAAAUUCAUUAAAUAAAUAAAUUAUUAGGAACCCUAAAUUUCUUUAAAUGA